AUGAAUCAGGCAGCUGGCGCUCUCGCUGUCAGUCCAUUUCCUGCUCCUCCUGAUUAUGCUCAGCACUAUACCACUGAGAGAAUUAGCCAAGGUGCUGUUCUUCCUCCUCCACCAGUGCAGUCAGUGUUUACAGUAUUCGGAGAAGAAUACCGCCUAGAAGAUGAUAUCAUCAGGUCAUUAGCUUCGCAGAAUAUCAAGCAGUUGUAUCCUGCUAAGUACGACUGGAAGACGGAGAUGAAGAAGCUCAAUAGGAGCGUAGUGGUGGCUUUCCUUGACCUGCUCGACAUUCUUGUUCGUUGCCCAGAUCAUCCCGAAAGGAACGAGAAAAUCAACGACAUACAAACGAUUUUCAUAAAUAUGCAUCAUCUAAUUAACGAGUAUCGUCCGCUACAGGCUCGUGACACUCUGCGAAUGAUGCAAAGUCAACAACUGAAGGAGUUGAAGAAGACUGUCAAACGUUUCAAAGGACAUCUGGCAGCCGGCAAAGCCGCACUUCGUGAAGAACUUUCAUUUUCGGACUUGAAGCUGACACCAGUGCCUCGUCCAUCGCCAUUGACGGGUAUUGAUAUCGAUUCUGACGAGGAGAACAUGCCGACGCUUAUCAAGAUGGAG